AUGGGUAAACGAAGCCGAAACGACAGUACCAAUGGAGGAGAGAAAAUCAAGGUUAAAGAAAGUGCCGGCAAAUUAUUCCUCACAGAAGGCAAGGCUGUCGACCCUACUUUAGCCUUGCUCUUUGCAUCAAGUGCUGGUCCAGUACAAGCUCCUUCGAAUUCUAGAUAUCAAGAAGCACCACCUGCGCGCCAUAGAGAUGUAGAAACGCAAGAUGGAGAAUCCCCUGAUGAAUCUGAUGAUGAAGAUGCUGAAGAUCUCGAGAUGGGCGAGGAUGACGAUGACUUGAGUAGCGUUGAUGGCGAUCUCGAAGAUGUUGAAAUCUCGGAUCUCUCGGAUGAAGACAAUAGUCCCAACGAGAUACCUGAAUUAGAUACAUACAUUGCAGCGAAAACCGAGAAACCGGAACGAAAACGCAAAAGGAAGACUGAUGAGCCAGACCUCGAAGGAAAAUAUCUACAGAAGCUGGCCAGGGAAGAAGAAAAGGAAGAAGAAGAACGCCAAGCUGAAAGGCGACUGAAACGCCAAAAAUUGGCUGCAGAGCAAAAUCCUGCUGUUGAGGAAGAUGUCGAGGAAGCUGGUUCUGAUGACGACAUGGAGGACGCGGAAUCUGACGAAGAGGCCGAAAGCGAGGAUGGUGCGGAAGAGUCUGAUUCCAAGGAGGAAAGCCUCAAAAGAAAAACACCGUCCGAUGCUCCUCUACAUGAAUCCCUCGUACCGGACAACGACGCGACCGAGCUUGAAAAGGCAUCUCGUACUAUCUUCCUUGGAAACGUAGCGAGCUCUACUAUAUCGUCCAAAGCCGACAAGAAGAUUCUCAUGUCCCAUCUAUCCUCUUUCAUAGAUGAUCUUCCAGUACCCCAGUCCGCUAAACCAUCCCAUAAACUGGAAUCCCUCCGCUUCCGCUCCACUGCCUAUGCCACUUCUGCACUACCAAAAAAGGCUGCGUUUGCUAAGAAGGAUAUCAUGACUGCUACAACGAAAAGCACAAAUGCCUACGCCGUGUACUCUACGCCAUUCGCAGCAAGGGAGGCCGUCAAGAAGCUCAACGGAACCAUGGUAUUAGACCGCCAUCUUCGUGUAGAUGGUGUGGCCCAUCCUGCGAAAACCGAUCACCGCCGAUGUGUCUUUGUUGGAAACCUAGGCUUUGUCGAUGAUGAAUCCCUUCUUGAACAAGACGGCGAGAAUAGCCGGAAACGGUCAAGAAUACCUUCUGAUAUUGAAGAAGGUCUAUGGAGGCAAUUUGGAAAAGCUGGUGAAGUAGAGAGUGUGCGAGUAAUUCGUGAUGAGAAGACCCGUGUUGGCAAGGGAUUCGCUUAUGUUCAAUUUACGGACGCAAACGCAGUUGAAUCGGCCCUACUGUUCAAUGAAAAAAAGUAUCCACCAAUGCUUCCUCGACCUCUCCGUGUCGUCCGCGCCAAAGCCCAACAUAAACAAGUUUCGUCCCGACCCAUAGCUCGUCAACCGAAAUCGUCAAACUCCUCCCAGAUUUACAAUCCCAAGAUUGACUCAAAUCAAGCCUCGUUACAGGGCAGAGCUACCAAGCUGUUAGGAAAAGCCGGUGGUGCAAAGUUCAAGAAGACUGGGGCCAACGAUACCACUCUGGGUACCAAAGGAGACAAUCAGGUCAGUGGGAAUGGAGAAGUCAAGAGCGGAAUGGCUGGUAUCAAAGCACCUGAGAGUUUCGUCUUUGAAGGUUAUAGAGCUAGCGCGAGCAAGGGCAAGCCGAAGGACCUAAAGCUGGGAGGAAAGGGCGGUGGAAAGAAGAAGAGCAAUAUCAGAUCAAGGUCUUCAAACAGAGGUGCAGAGUGGAAGAAGCGAGGCUCAAACUUUGCAUUCGUAGGCGAUGAUAUAGAAAUAGAUUCGACCCAAGAAGCACCUCCACCCAAUUCCCACCACGCUGCAGAGACCGGCACCCUAGCAACACGGAAAUCCAGCGGGGCAUUUCCAGUGGCAGGACAACCUCUGUUACCUCCGACAUAUCAUACUGUAGAAGAAUUACUUAAGACAUUACCAUCUCAGAUUGCCUAUUCUACAUUGGUAGUCAAAUUGGAUGAUGGAAGGGAGAUCAGAAUUCCCAGACGGGAGUUAUGGGAUGUCAGAGCACAGUUGAUGGCUGAGGAUGAGGGGGAUGGAGAAGGCUUGAUGGGACUGGGGAAUGAUGAUGUGAAGACUGGUGUCUACGAGGGGGGGUUUAAGAGUUGGGAAAGUUCGGUGGAUUUGGUGAAGGUUCUCGGUGGAAGGGCGGCCAUGGGUGAGGGAAGGAGAAGAGUUUUAGAGCUCGGCUGUGGGACUGCUCUUCCAUCUCUAGCAGUCUUCCAAUGGUUUCUCGAAAACACAACCACUUCCACUUCCACUUCUACUUCCGGACUGGAGCUUGGACUUGCAGACUAUAAUCCCACGGUCCUACAACUCGUCACCUUACCCAAUGUCCUCCUCUCCUGGGCACAAAUCACAAAACCCGAACUAUGGGAAGCCGAAGGAGAACUCGACAUUGACGAAGCACUUAUCUCUGAAUUUAUCUCUGCGCUGAAUACCCGCAACAUUGACUUGUCAUUUUUCUCUGGUGCUUGGUCUCAAGAUCUUGUGUCUCUGGUCACUGAUAAGUUGCAUCUAUCGUGUGAGAACACAAUCAUGAUCGGAGCAGAAACAAUAUACUCACCCGUUGCUCUGAGAGCCUUUGCCGAGACAUUGAUGGCAUUGCUUGAGUUAAGCACGGGCCCAAAUAAGAUAGCGCUGAUAGGAGCCAAGAAGGUGUAUUUUGGAGUUGGUGGUUCAAUAGAAGAUUUCGUCACAGAUGUUACAGCGAGGGGAGCUCUGGUAGAACAAGUUAGGGAAGAGUCUGAUGGGGUUAGAAGAGCUGUUAUAGAAGACCGCAUGAUGAAGAAACAUCUCCGAAUCGAUGGCCAACUUGAUAUUUCAUGUGGCGCGCGGAAGGGUACCGGUCAAGAUGGCGGGCUCGAAAAAGUCCUCGGCACUCGUCCUGUUCUUUCCGGCGGCCCAUCCGACAUUAAAGGGCAAUUCGACGCCCUAAUAACCGCCCUCGCGGCUCAAAGAGGAUCCCCCGAUAUCUCUGUCCAAACUCGCGAUGCCUCUGCCGAAGGCGUCCCGGUUCGCAUCUACACCCCACCAAAUCCCUCUGGCACGAAACUCCCACUCGGAGUAUAUUACCACGGAGGUGGCUAUUGUGUGGGAGAUCUAGAUUCCGAGGAUGUGUGGUGUCGAUACAUUGCCAAGAAUACUCCGUGUAUCAUCGUCUCGGUCGAUUAUAGGUUGGGUCCGAAACACAAGUUGCCGGUGAUGUUGGACGAUAGCGUUACGGCAUAUGAAUGGGCCUACGACCACUCCUCUGAACUCGGCGCCGACCCCACCCAGACCUUCACCAUCGGUGCAUCCGCCGGCGGAGGCCUAGCCCUCACCGUCGCCAACGACCUAAUCGCGGCCGGCAAACGCAACCACAUACAAGGCAUCGUAGCCAUGGUCCCCGUAGCCGCUCAUCCCACCUCCGUUCCCGCCGCCUAUAAACUGCACUACCAAUCCUACAAUGAAAAUGCGGCUGACGUUCCCAUCAUCAAUCUCGAGACUAUGGACACCUUUUUCGCGGCCGUCGAUGCGGAUUUUCAUGAUCCGAGGACUUUCGUAACCCUUUCUCAGCAUCUUUCCUCCUUCCCUCCAACCUAUAUCGCCACGUGUGGUAAAGAUCCUCUACGUGACGAUGGCAAGGUUCUCGAGAUGAUGUUGAAAGAUAAAGGUAUCCCAACGAAGAGCAAUCACUAUGACGGCGUGCCGCAUUUCUUCUGGCUUUUCCCGGGUAUUAAAGGGGGAGAGGAUGUUUUAGCAAAUGUUUGUGAAGGGGUGAGAUUCGUUUUGGGUGCUUAG